GUCGGAAAUUUCCUACGAAUUUCCUUUCAAUUAUUUUUCGUGGGAAACUCGUAGGAAUUUCGUUACAAUCACUUAGUUAACUCUGCUAAUUUUUUUGGCCACCACUUCUUCUUCUUACUUCUCAUCGCACUUCUGCUUUUUUUUCGAAUCUUCCUCGCAUCGUUAUUCUUGCACCGUAAAUCUCCUAUCUUCUAGCUCUCUUUCGUUUCUCGUUCACUCAUCCAUGGAUACUCACCGCCGGAAUCAUACGUCGACCAGCAGAUCUCAACGGAAUUCCCAAAGUCUAAACCCUAAUGACACCGGCGACAUGACGGCAAACUUCUCAUCACCGCCCAUUCCUAAUUUCUCGGAGCGAACCCGUGAAGAUUUUGAACGCUUCAUGUCGCAAGAGAGACAAGGCUAUGAUUCCUAUACACCAAGCAUGACUCUAGACGACCUACAGUUUUCUACUCCUCUUCGUCCUCAAAACAAUCAAGGGAAUCCUUUGAGCAGCACAAGUCGAGCAGUUCCCCAGUCCGAGUCCGUCGCAGAUUUUUCUCCAACUUCAUGCUCGGUGGAUGACUUGUUGCUCGCACCUGGUAGAAAAAACCUUCCGUAUCUACAUCCAGAUCGAGAAGGAGGAGCUACUUGGUUAAGUUUUCUAUACUUUUCUUAAUAACUUGAGAGACUUUUUAAAAUCCUUUUUAACUACUUUUUAAAAUCAUCUGCAGGUUUAGGCAUGAAAAAACUGGAAAGAUCACCAAGCAGUAUUGAAGAUGCUUAAGUCAAACCUCCCAAAAUCAUUUCCCACCUAUCGUAGCCUCCCUAUUGAAAUCAGGAAUCGAUGGUUUAGAGCUUUUGCUCAAGAAUUUAAUUGGGACCCAAGCAUUACAGAGUUAGUUCGUACUGCAUAUGAUAGUCAAGCCGCUGCAUCAUUUUCAUCAAACCUGCAUGAAUGGAAAAAGGUAUUGAAAAGAAGAGGACCAAGGAAUGCACCAGAAUGGAUGAAGGCAAGGGAGUCGCUCUUUGGUGGAUACAUGGCAAUGUGGACUGAGGAAAAAGUGGCAAAGACUGCAGCUAAAAAUUCAAGGAACCGGAAAAGUGAGAGAAACGGAUUAGGCCAAGCAAUCCACAAUAACGGUGCCAAAACAAUAGAAAGGCGAUGGGAUGUAAAGACAGAAGAAAACGAUGGAGAAGAGCCUCAUAUGCUCAAGUUCAUUGAAGACGUUCACACCAAUAAGAAGACCCGUACUAUUGCUGAUCAGAAGGCUAAAAAAAUUAUCCAAAUUGCAUCAAGGAAGAUAGACGAGGUUGCUUCUCAACGCCUUAGUCAAGGAGAUGCUCAGCCAACCCCACUCACUGCAAAAGAGAUUAACUCAAUUGUUCUUGAGGAAGUUCCUAUAGUUGGUGGACGUCGUUUUGGCUUCGGUAAAAUGUUGGAUGCCGGAUCCAUUCCAUCUGCGUUAAGAAAUCCAGUGAAUGAGUCAUUGCAGGAUGAAAUAGACACAUUGAAGAAAGCUGAAGCCGAGAAAGACGCAAAAAUAAAAUCACAAGAUGGCCAGAUCGAGUACCUCAUGCAGUGCAAUAAGCUUUUUCUUGAAAAAUUUCCAGAUAUUCAUCCACCAGGUGCUACUUCUCCUACAGCAGAUGAGGACGAGACCCAGGAAUAGAUGAUCAUAUGGAUAGGUAUUUGGGAAAGAAUGAUCAUCCAUGUAGUUUUUUGGGAUGAGAUGAUCAUUUGGUAGAUGCUUAUGUGUUUAAGUAGAAGUAGGUUUUAAGAACAAAUGAUCAUUUGUGUAGUUUUUUGGGAAUGAAUGAUCAUUAGGGUAAAUGCUUAUGU